CCAAUAUGGCGACAAUAUCAGCCUCAGGUGUAGAUAGAAUAACGUAUAUUUUUAUCAUAUUUAUCACGUCUUUCGUGUUUGUUUUGUGUAUCCCAAAUGUCCGGAUGAAGCAUGAAAUAGACACGAGAUCAUAUCACCACUACGAUGAUUUAACAUCACUUUUACAAAAUAUCGUUAAAAAAUACCCCACCUUGACAAAACUUCAUAAAGUUGGAACAAGCGUUGAUAAUCGCAAUUUAUGGGCAAUCCAAAUUACAGAUAACAUAAAUGUUGUAGAACCAGGAGAACCAAUGUUUAAAUAUGUUGGUAAUAUGCAUGGCAAUGAAGCUGUCAGUCGAGAGGUUUUAAUAUAUUUAAUUCAGUAUUUAUUGGACGAAUAUGGAAAGGAUGACAGAAUUACAAAAAUCGUAAAUUCAACCAAUAUUUAUAUCAUGCCUUCUAUGGAUCCUGACGGAUUUGAAAACUCCGAAGUUGGAGAUUGUACAGGUGUUCAAGGAAGAACAAAUCAGCACCUAGUUGAUCUCAAUCGUAAUUUUCCUGAUCAGUUCUUUGAUAAAAUCCCCAAACCUGAACCUGAAUCGAAAGUGAUGAUGGAAUGGAUACAACAAAACAAAUUUGUACUCUCAGCCAACCUUCAUGGAGGCAGUGUGGUUGCUAGCUAUCCAUUUGAUGAUUCCAAACUUCAUGUGGACAAGGUAGACAGUAAAUCACCUGAUGAUAAUGUCUUUAGACUCUUAGCUCAUACAUAUGCUAACAGCCAUUUGACAAUGCACACGGGAAAUCAUUGCAGUGACCAUUUCGAAGGUGACCAUGGCAUUACCAAUGGAGCUCAUUGGUAUGAUGUACCAGGUGGAAUGCAAGACUUCAAUUACCUUCACAGCAACUGUUUUGAAAUCACCCUGGAACUGUCUUGCUGCAAGUAUCCCCAACCAACACAGUUGGCACAGGAGUGGGAAAACAACAAGCCAGCUCUUCUAGCUUACCUUGAAAAGGUGCAUAUUGGAGUAAAAGGUUUUGUACAUGAUGCAAGUACUGGUAAAGGUAUUGAAAAUGCUGUUAUCUCGGUGGAAGGUAUUGAACAUAAUAUCAGCACAGCUCAGUUUGGAGACUACUGGAGACUUCUGGUUCCUGGAAAAUACUCCAUAUCUGCGCACACUCCUGGUUAUGAAUCAUUGACUCAUCGAGAUGUUGAUGUACCAGAGGGACCAGGAGUCAGCCUUGAUUUUAAAUUGAAAAAGAGAAGUGUUCCACCUUCACCCAAUACAAAUUUAUCAACCAGUACAAAUAAAUCUAAUGCGAUAGCUCCUACAGACUACAUUAAGAAGGAGGAAAAACUGGUAGAAUAUGUCAACAGAUUCCAUGAUGCAGAACACAGAAAGAACAUGCAGUUUAUCGAACCUACAAGCUUUGUUCACCACAAUUACACAGCAAUGAUGAACCUCUUGAAGAAAUACAGUCAGGAUUACCCUGAGAUCACAAGGCUAUAUUCUGUUGGUAAAUCUGUCCAAGACAGAGAACUCUGGGUGCUAGAGAUUUCUGACAACCCGGGAGUGCAUGAACCAGGCGAGCCUGAAUUCAAGUAUGUUGCCAACAUGCAUGGUAACGAGGUGGUUGGCCGAGAGUUGCUCCUGCAGCUGAUAGACUUCCUGUGUCGGAACUACAAGCAGAAUGAAUUCGUCACCCUCAUGGUCAACUUGACACGCAUCCACCUGAUGCCCUCCAUGAAUCCUGACGGCUACGAAAUUUCCACUGAAGGUGAUAUACAAGGAGUCAGGGGCCGAACCAACAACAAUAAUUUUGACUUGAACCGUAACUUUCCUGAUCAGUAUCGCACCACAUACAGCAAUAACCACCAGGAGCCCGAGACUGUGGCUGUAAUGAAGUGGCUCAAGUCCAUCCCAUUUGUCCUGUCGGCUAAUUUGCACGGUGGCUCCCUCGUCGCCAAUUUCCCAUACGAUGAUACCAAGAGAGGUUACUCUUCCUACAGCAAGAGUCCCGAUGACAAAGCCUUUAUCAUGAUUUCAGAAGCCUAUUCCAUGGCUCAUUCUACCAUGCACUCUGGUCAUCCAUGUGUGUGGAGUGACGAGUACUUUAAAGAUGGAAUAACUAACGGAGCUCAGUGGUACAGUGUUUCAGGUGGUAUGCAGGACUGGAACUACUUGCACACCAACUGUUUUGAGACGACCUUGGAACUGGGGUGCACAAAGUUUCCGUGGACCAAAGACCUACCUGGUUACUGGGAGGCUAACAAGUACUCCCUGCUUGUAUACAUGGGUCAGGUACACAAAGGUGUCAGUGGUUUCGUGUUAGAUAGUGAAACAGGUUUUGGCAUUGCUAAUGCUUCCAUUAAUGUUGAAGGCAUCAACCAUACCAUAUAUUCCGCACCAGAUGGUGACUACUGGAGACUGCUUGCCUCAGGACAGUACACCGUGACUGUCAGUCACCCACUGUAUACAAAGCGAAGUGUCACUGUACAAGUCACAGACAAUGCUGCCAUCCAUGUGAACUUCUCACUGAAUGCAAAUGUACACCGCAACCAGUGGUCAUCGCUGAUUGACUUUGACAUCAAGGAAAACAUGGUGACGGAAUAUGUCAACACGCACGACAUCCAGAACGAUCUACGUGACAUUGCUCUGCACAAUCCGGGCUUUGUGUCUUUUGACACGUUGCACAUGAAUCGCAAAGGGAAGUCUGUGUCGUUGAUCCACCUGUCCAGUGAGGUGAACAGUCACGAGGACCACAAGCCACACGUUCUCUUGCUGGGCAACGUGAAUGGAGAUGAACCAGUUGGAACCGAGAUACUCAUCAGACUGGUCCGACAUCUUGUUACUGGUUAUUUACAUCAGGAACCCAACACUGUAAAUAUUCUAAAUAACAGUCAUGUGCAUGUAAUCCCUCAGCUGAACAUAAAAGGUGCUACAAAGGCUGUGCCUGGUGACUGCAGUGGAAUCCAUUACAGGGGACAAAGAUUUCCUCAGUUAAUAUCAGCAGAUGAUCCUGUGGUAGGAGCAGUUAGGAAACAGUUUGAAGAUCACCAGUUUGAUUUGGUUGUUAGUUUGGAGUCAGGUGGAAUGUACAUGGUGAUGCCGAGGAAUGAUAAAGCUGGAAAGGUUUCCACAGUUGGUUUGCUCACAGCUCUUACUGAAGAUGAGGACAUGUUGCAAGUGCUAGCCCGAUCGUUCGCCGACUCACUGCCCGCAAUGUACAAGUCUGACACGUGUGGCAACGCCAUGACUGAAAAAGUUGGAAUUGUCCAUGGAGCUGACGUCAGCGGUCAUGGCUACUCCAUGAUGGAUGAUGUGUAUGACCAUUAUCACACAUUGUGGAUUUCAGCUCAUAUUAGUUGUUGCAAAUUUCCACCAGGUUCUCGGCUACCAGGCAUUUGGAUGAUGACCUUUAACCCAAUGAUGCACAUUCUGAAAAAGUCUUUGCAAGGUGUUCGUGGUAUAGUGACAGAUGAAGCUGGAAAGCCUAUUUCAGAAGCCAUCUUGGAAAUUGAUGACAAUGGCAAAUUUUUAACAACAUCAUCUGAUGGACAUUUCUUUCUUAUGUUAAGUGAGGGAUUCCAUACUAUAGAAGCUGACACUGCAGGUUAUGAAGCAUUGCAUAAGAAAGUCCUAGUUCAGAAAGAUGUAUCUGCAGAACUGAACUUUGUGUUGAAAAAAGAAGAAAGAAUCCUCUCCUAUCACAACUACAUUGAAAUGAAAUCUUCACUGCAGAACAUAUCCAGCACAUGCUCGGACAUCGCAAAACUAUACAAUAUUGGAAGGUCGACUUCUGGAUAUUACCUAUGGAUGCUAGAAAUGGGCAAGGAAUCAAAACUGUAUCGACCUGGUAUUCUGCUCACUGCUAAUAUUCAUGGUAAUGAGGUCGUUGGGCGGGAGAUUCUACUGAAGCUGGCUGCCGACCUGUGUCAUCUCUACAAGCAGGAUUCUUCUAUUACUGAUUUGUUGGACAUGACAAGGAUAUACAUCCUUCCGUCUCUGAAUCCUGAUGGAGCAGAAAAAGCCAAACCGAGCUGUACAUCACUUGCUGGCAAGGACAACUCCAACAAUAUUGAUCUUGACAAGGCUUUUCCAGAUGCAAAUUAUGAUGGGAAGAUUUUCAUACAAUCCGAGAUAGCUGCACUCACCAAGUGGAUGUCUGUCACAGAUCUGAGUCUUAGUGUUUCAUUCCAGGCUGGAGAUCUGGUUGUUGCUUACCCUCACAGAGGAACAGAUACAACUAAUAUAGAUGACCUAGCAUCAUUAAAAAAACUGGCCUUAGUGUAUGCAUCCAAUCAUCAGAACAUGCAGGUUGAAGGCGGCUGUGGAACAAAUGAAAACCAUUAUUUAGAUGGAACUGUGAAAGGCUUUCAUCAGCUGGAGGACACUGGAAGCUUCCUAGACUAUGCAUAUGAUGUUCAACACAUUCCCUCGAUCAUUGUGUACACUGGAUGCUGCUUCUACCCUGAAGCAAAUUCUCUACCCACUGCUUGGCAUGAUAACAGGCGUGCCCUUCUGGCUACCAUCAAAGAGGUUCACAAUGGGGUAUAUGGAAAUGUUAAAGAUGAGCGAAAGAGUAAGACGCUGAAGGGGUUUACUGUUUUUGUGGAAAACUCGGACACAUUCCAAGCCAAUGUUAAUGAAAAUGGCAGCUUCCACCUGUACCUAGCUCCAGGACAGUAUCGCCUAAAGGUUGUAAAGCCAGAAUAUGAUGAAAUGCAUCUGAGUGUGACUAUUUCAAGUACCCAAACAUCACAGACUGUUGCUGUUAACAUGAAGGAAUCUAGGACUGUGUUUGGCUUGACACAUCUUCUCGCCAUCACAAUAGCUGGUGUUGUUGGUCUGGUGUUCAUUGUAUUCCUUACUGUCAUCAUCUGUAUCAAGUACGAGAAGCCGAAACGUUUCAGCGACAUCGGCUUCCAUCGGCUCAGACCCGAGGAUGACGACGACGACGACGACAAUGUUGAUUUCCCUGACUUCGUUAACGAGACAAAGUCAGCACCGCCGCGAGCCAAAGAGUAUCAUGACAGUAGUUCUGAUGAUGAAGAACAUAACUUAUUUGACGGAAGAUUGUUACGGAAAUGAAAAAUAUAUAUAUAUAUUUUUUUUUAAUUUUUAAAGUGAGCUUUUAUUAAAAAGGAAUAUUAGCUGUUAUAUGUAAAACAUGAAUACUAUAUAUAAAAAAAUAUAUUUGCUCACGAAAUAAUGCUUUUUGUUAAGGUUAUAUUGCUCUUCAAAUUAAAAAACCCAAUUGUGAAUGUUUUGUAUAUCACAAUUCCAUCAAAGUUAAAUAUUGCUCAAUAUUGGAUGCUCUUUAUAAACACUGGUAUUAAAGGGUAAAAAAAAUGUUAGUCAUCAGCAAAGUGAGUCCAUAGAUAAAUUUGAAUGAAAGACAAAAUGUGCUCCAUGUUUGCAGGUUGUUAUCUUGUGUUAUUCAUUAUUCCAUUCACAGCUUAUCACUGAAACAUGUUACUCUCUUGAAAUUAUACACAUUCAGUUAUGUACAAUGUACCAUUUUCUAAUAUAUUUUUGGUUACAAAAAGUUAUAAUUUUUUUAAAUACUAAUUUUUGGUGUGUGACAUACUGCAAAUAUCUAUGCCUUAUACUUAAAAUGCGUUGAAAAGACAUGACACUUUCUUUUAAACUGUAGAUUCUUGUCUAAAUCUCUAGGUACUCUUUAGGAAUAUACUACCAGUACAAAUCAUAAAUCCAUAAUGAUCAUAUUACAUAUCUAUUUUUGUAUACAUUAGUGUCAUAAUUAUAUGUGCAACAUUAUAACAUAUCACAAUCGCCAAAAAAAAAAAAAAAAAUUGGUCACAUGAGAAUUGACCUGACAAAUAAAGAAUGGACACUAUAGAUUAAUGUUGAAUGUGGUUAUUGUCUAUGCAAAUUAAAACAUGUGAUACCUAUCAGCUGAAUAAAUGUUUUUUUCAAAACUUAAAUUAAGUUCAUAAUUAUAGCCGACUUAUUCGUUGUGUUCUCUAGGCUCUGUGCAGUGACUGUAUUUAUAACAGCCGAGCUAUAACUGGCCCUUUUAUCAGUAAAGCAAUUUUAUAGGGACUAUACUAUGUAGGUACAGAAGGUCUAGAGAACUGUUAACCUGACUUAGUUCAAAAUACUUUUACUAAAAUAUUGUAUCCAUGAUAACUAAAUUUUCAUUUAAAAAGAAAGAAAUUGUGCACUUGCUUGUUACCCCACUAACCAUGACAUUAUAAAUAGUUAUAAAGCUCGUCUUUGACCUAUGUUGUUUUGUCUAGUACAUAAUAUAGAUUUAGUAACACAUCCACUAUAAUCAAAUAUGUACUUUAAUUUUGAAAGCAUUCCAUUUUUGAGUGGGAUGAAGAAAUAAAACAUGUUUUACAACAUUUGAUAUUUUUCGAAUGAUGAGAUGUUUGCACGUUAAAGUGUUCAUGAAAUAUUAAGAUAUUUAUUUUAUUAUGUGUGUUUACAUAACUAGAGCCAACCAUUCAAAAAUAUAUUGUAUGCUGUAACCAGGGUUCUGCCCUUAGCGGUCUGUAUUGGUCGGGCCCUAUAGGCACAUUGAACUUCUGGAAUCUAAUUCACAAAGCUGUUUUAAGUAACAUUGCAUCUUCAUUGCAAGUCUUUUUGCAUCGCUCUUCAAGAUUGCAAAGUUACAUGAGUCUAUUGAAUUAGCCCCUUGACCAGCAUUACUGCCACCUACCACCACUUAUUGUACGAUGAGAAAAUGAAUUUGAAAGAAAUUUAAAGAAAUGAAUUUUGUUUUUCUUACCACUCGUAAAUUUUUAAGCAGAGCCUCUAACUCAAAUGACCUCUAAGAACUGUUAUAUGAAUUUUUCUGCUAGCAUCUUGUAAUAUAAUAUUAAAUUUAAAAUAUAUAUAUAUAUAUAUAUAUAUAUAUAUAUAUAUAUAUAUAUAUAUA